ACGUUAGAGUAUGCGGAGUGCGGACCAUUGAUGCGGAGAUGCGGACACGAUCAGUGCUUCCACUUUCGAAAGUUAGAAAUUCUAGUUUUUUUUUCAAAUAGAUGAGUUCAUUGGCAUAAACUUUUGUGUUUACUUUUUAACUAAAGUUCAUUUCAAACAGCAAAGAAAAAUCAUUUCUAUCUUUUUACCGAGUUAGAUUUUCUCUAAAAUUGCCCAUCUUCAUGGCAGGGAAACAAAGUAAAGAAAUCAGUUUCAUUUCAAAAGCAUAUCUGCUGUCGUACAACAUCGUGCAAACUCUGGGGUGAGUGAUUGCGCAAUUUCCAGCAUGUGAAUCUACAAAUAUUUUGUAUUGCCGAUAUUUAUAUGUGUUAUAUUGUUGUGUAAUGAUUACUAUGCGUCUUAAUACGUAAACAAAGCUGUUCUUGGACAAUGUUUGAUUUCUAAAAUUGCAACAAUGUAAUGUAUUAAAGUCUGGGGGGGGGGGAUAGGACAUCAUUGGUCAAAAAGUUGAAAUUUGGGUAGCUUUCAGUUUUGCCAAAUAAAAAAGUAGUACUGUCACACUCACACAUAUAUUUUUGUCAACAAAUAAUAUUCAUUUUAGGCGACAAUUUGUUCUGAGCAAUUUGCAAAUCAAUAUUGCAACAUUGCGUCACAUUACAUCCGGUUUGACUGUAAUACACGCUUCCGGAAAGUACGUCACCUUGGCUAUAGAGCCUCGUUUUCAUGAUUGAGACGUGGACUUUAACUGAUGUCACAUACACGAAAACGAGGCUCUACAGCCAAAGUGAUGUACUUUCCGGAAGGGUGUAUUAUUGUAAUACAUGUAUAAAUACAUCAACAAUAGCCAACAAUUACAUCACAAUUUGUCUCUCCUUGACCUGAAAGCCUCGUUCUCAUGAUUUUUUAAAGCAUGGCUUCAAGUCUAAGGAAGUAUAAAGUUGUGAUGUGAAUAUUCCAAAGGGGGUUUUGCCAUGCAGUCAAUAUGAAAUGAACAUUGUGCUAUACAUUGUCAUAGCCUAUCAAGAUAUGAUGAUCUGGAAAUUAGACAGAAGUCAUUGUGAAUUAUGUUUUUGUCUGAGUUGAUGUUAAUUUGUGCACGGUCACUGUGAUUGAGCCAUAGAUAUCUUAUAUACACUAGAUAGCGCAUCUCUUUUAGUAAAAUUGAAGCCAAGAAUAUUCCAGCGGUUACCCCCAUUUGAAUAGAUGGCGGCCAUGUUGGUCAUUCCCACUUGCUAAUAAACGCUUAAAAACAACAAUAGCUUUCAUCAUUUGAAUAGUUUGAAAAUGUAUUUGGAAUAGGUUUAACUUAAUGUUUAAGUUCCCUGUUUAAGAAAUGGAAAACAUACGAAUCUUCUCAUUUCAUGGGAACGACCUGAGACUGCAAUCACGGCUUCAAUUUUUGAAUUGCAGAAUAAUUAGAUGCACUAUCUAGUUUAUAUAAGAUAUCUAUGGAUUGAGCUCAUUAUUUUCAUAUAAUACAGUAGUCGUUCAAUUAAGAUCGAGAUAGCCGAGAUUAAACGUGCAACCACAAAGAAUAAUAUUUAACAAAAUUGAGACAAAGGAUUUGUGCAAGGUGAGGUUCAAUGUGUGCCAGGCUUCUAGAUCAUAUCAUAUUUUAACAUCGACUAUAUGAUCUAUUAUCAUAUAUAUUAUUGUACGUUCCAGACGUUCUUAAUUUGAUAAUUUUUUCUUCUGCAGAUGGUCGUACAUAUUUGUAAUUUCUUGUCAACAUUUUAUGUCUCAAAAUGCCAUUACUUCCAAAGGACUAUUUGCCAAAGUUGAAGUCAUUCUCAAGUUAUUCCAAACUGCAGCAAUAUUAGAGGUAUUCAUGAUAAUUAUAUCAAAUAUAUUUUAAUUAAAUUUAAAUUAAACUAUUGAUCUAGCAGUAACAGUUAAUUAUAUGUUUGUUAUAUUAUGAAACAAUUUUACUUUUUUAAUUCAGUUACAUUGACCCUUAGUUUAUUUGACUUUUAUAUUUGAUUAAUAUGCUACUUUAUUGUACGUAUUUGUACAUAUUUAUUCUUCUCCUGUGUGUUUCAUUAUUUUUCUGCUGUUGUAAAGCUGCAUUUCAUUUUUCUUUAGAUCAUUCAUUGUGCAAUAGGUAAGCUAUCCCUUUUGAAAUUAUUGCAAGAAUUCCAAUAGGACAUAAAUUAAUGAGACAAGUGUUAUAUACAUGAUAGUGUACUGUACUCAAACAUAUUUAAAAUUAGUCCCCCCCCCUGUUUCCUUCUGUAGUGAUUAUAACAGCUAUAACGUCAACCUUAUUCCCUUCCUCAUAUUUAUGAGUAUAUUCUUUAGUUUAGUAUCUAGUAUUUGUUUAUCAGUAUGAAAGGUUGUAAAUUAAUAAAUAAAGAGAUUAAUAACUGCACCAAUUCUAAAGGAGAGGAGUUUAAUUAACAGAUGGUAGGACCAGUAUCAAUAAAGUUCUUGUAGUUUAGGAAUUAGGAUAUCCUCCAGUAUAUACAAUAAAACUGUAAAGUAAUCUGUUAUGUUUUAGGUAUUGUACCAUCAUCAGCUUUCACAACAGCCAUGCAAGUUUUCUCUCGAUUAUGUACAGUAUGGUUGUUUACUGUACCGGACAAAGAGGUUGGCUCAAAGAAGGUUUACCUCUGAUUAUGUAAAGGCUGCUGUCUGUUUAUAUUCCUGUAACCAACCCCAAAUAUGAAUUUUGUAUUUUGUAUUAAAAAAAAAUCUGACUAGAUAUUAAUAAUUUGAAAUCUAAAGAAAUUUUAUAUAGAAGCUAAAAUCUCCAUCUUGAUCACGUUUCUUACUGCCAUGAUAUCAUUGGAUGAUGGCUGUAAUCCAUGACAGUGAAAAAGCUGAUAACGAUGGGGGUGAUAAAGCUGCCCAAUCUUUAUUUCCAAAUUUAUCAUUUUUAUCUCCAAUUUUAGCAUCUUCAUCACCAUGCAACGUCAUCAUCUUGAACUUCAUCAUCUUGAUCUCCAACUUCAUCGUCUCCAACUUCACCAUUUUCAUCUCCAACUUCACCAUUUUCAUCUUCAACUUCACUAUUUUCAUCUUCAACUUAUUAUCUUCAUCUCCAACUUCGCCAUUUUUAUCUUUAACUUCACCAUUUUUAUCUUUAACUUUAUCUUCCUUUCAAGAGUGAGAUAAAAGAGAUUUAAUGUUUUGCCAUGUUUCGUUUUAGGUACAGAAUAACACAAGUAUUUUGCUGUAUCUAACGGCGUGGACAAUCACAGAAAUUAUUCGAUAUUCAUUUUACGCAUGUGGUUUACUCAAUUAUUUGCCAUAUUUUUUGCCAUGGUGCAGGUGGGUGAGCAAAACGUUUUAACCAACGCUUUUAAAUACUGAAGUGCAUCCCAUUAAAUCGGGCAUCAGGUAACAUGUAACAUGAGAGAAUUUCUACCAAUUUCUUCCAUGAAAAGUAUAUUUUCUUUGCUCCUUCCUCUUAUGUUCAUGAUCACGCCGUUUAUAUACCAAAGUACAGCUGUAAUUAAGCUCAGCAGCAUUUUUUUGAGGCUACUAGAUUUUGAUAUAUAUCAUGACUCUGAUUGAUUUACAGUACAUUGACAUAUGACUGUUGACAUCGCUUUUUAGUUUUCAAUAUUUGAGCGAGUCAAGCUUCGGAAAGGACAAUACAUUUUUAUUACUCAACCCUUGAGUUGUACCGGUAUUGUUUUUCAUUUACCCAACCUUUUACUCACUGAAAUUUUGUUUACCCAACCCUUUUCUCUUCGGUGCCAACCCCCGCCAUAAAUAAUGACCUGUCCCUGAAUUAUAACUUUUCCCUCUUUUUAUUUUAGGUAUACAUUUUUUAUAAUACUGUACCCGAUUGGUGUAACGGUGAGUAUAUAGAAUAGGCUCUUUGCAGUUUAACAGUUAAAAAUAACAUGUUCAAAAUUUCAAGUGAUUUCGUUCAACAGUUGUGAAAAUAUACAUGAUUUUUUCCGAAUAUAUUGAUCAGGAAAAACGAUCAUAAGUUAUCUCUUUUUGGAUUUCACACAAGUAGCAAGAACAACGAAGCCUUCAAAAGAUUUUGUACAAUUUCAGGUUUAAGCGGAAUAAAAUAUUUUGGUUCAUACGCACUUUGCUCGUGCCUUUUAUAAUGGAACGUUGAUACUAUAAAUAAGCUUUUACCAUUACAUUUGUGAAAAAUUCAAUUUCAUUUAAAUCCAUUUUACUGGUUUUCUACUGUAGGGUGAAAUUCUGACUGUUAUUGCUGCCAUACCGUUUGUAAAGAAGACUGGUAUCUACUCUCUGUCUCUCCCAAAUCCGAUGAACAUCUCAUUUUCUUUCUUGUAUUUCCUUUACUUUGCCCUGGUUAUUUAUCUGCCAGGUUUGUAGAACAUUUCGUAUUCUUGUUUAUUUUUUAAUUCAUAGUUUUGUUUGAAUCUGUCCACUUUCCAAGAGCUCAACACCCUAACCCAAGCCUAAAGGCCAUGUUACACGGUGCAAUUUUUCUUGCAACUUGCAAUGCAAUUCUACUCUUGAGAGAUGUUAAAACAUCAUGCAAGUUGCAAGAAAAAUUGCACCGUGUAACAUGGCCUUAACACACGUGAUGGUGAAGGACCAGAUUUAUGAACAAACGUUGACUGACAUAGAUAAUGAGUUAUAUUGUUAUUGUAAUGAUUUCACAGUCAUCUUCCCUGGUCUUGUUAACCCAGUAAGCUGCAAUGCGCGUUAAAUUGCGUCCUACUUUAUUUUUUUCUCUGUCUAACGCCAGACGAUUUUACUGGUCAAUUAAGGGCGAGUCUUACGCAUUAAUGAACGAAUCUUCUAUUUUACAGCGUUCCUUAUGUUGUAUACCUACAUGUUUCGUCAAAGGAAGAAAGUUCUUGGAAAAGCCACCCAGACCUCAGCUAAACUGGACUGACAUUCUAUAACUACAGUUUCUGUACUUCGUUUUAGAAAAUAUCACAGGAUCAUAAAUUAUUGUUAAAAAUUAUUAUCUUAUAAAACAACAUUUCUUCGCUAUUUUUAGUCCAAUAGACUUCACUGUUUACUGCACUUUUGCCUCAAUGGCCUCGUUUCCAUGUUUGUCUGUUUUGGCAUGGCAGGCGACGGAUAUCUUUCUCUUUAAUCUUGAGCUCAAUCGCAAACCUACACACGUAAAAAUGCACAAGUUGUAACAAACCUGCAGCAGACUUGUAGUAAGGCUGUUCCAACAACUUGUCAACGGGAUGUGUUCGCACUGCUUGUUCCCAGCUUGUUGGUAUCUUGCUACAAAGUUGUUGAGCUCAACAGACUUGUUACAACUUCUACAACCUGUAAUUCAACAAUUUUUUCGACUAAAUUGUGAGUGACAACCUUGUAGCAACUUGAUAUUAUAUAACAGCAUUGUUACAACUUGUUGGCAAGCUUGCUACAAGCCUGUUGCGAACACAUCUUGGCGACAAGUUGUGAGUUUCAUACGUGUAAACGAGGCCAUUAGGGCAACAACAAACAGUGCAGUCUAUUAAAUUACUCAGUAGACUUUAAUUAACAAAUUGGAAAGUCAUCUAAAAUAUAUGAUUUAAAAGUAUUGUUAUUUAAAACGUAUUGUAAUAAAGGGCCUUUAUUUUACUUCCGAA